UUACUUUUUUUUGCUUGUCAUUUGUUUUAGCUUGAUGGCUGUGAUCGGUUUCAGUACAGCUAGAAAUGCAUGCCAAAUUUUCUAAACUGGCUUGAUUACUUGUCUUAAUAUUUCUCUACGUCAAGUUUAACAAUUCUACCUUAUUUAUGGAGGGUUAACUAUAAAGAACUUGCCUUUUCAGCUUUGCUUGUUAAUAAUUUGAAGCAUUUGAUGGAAAUUGAUCCAUUAGUUCUGGCUCAGAUUGUUCUAUGGCUUCUGGACAGCCACUAAUGGAUAUUGAUCCAGACAAUAAAUAUCAUACUAGAAAAGUUGAAGUUGGUAUAGAUGACAAAACUAGCUUGGCAAAAUCAGAUGGGAUGAGUUCAAGGUGCAUAAAUAACAGUGGGGAAAUAGUUGGUGAGAGAAGCACUCUGUUGGAUGAACAAACCAAGCCAAUGAACCUUGAGGAUGUAGAAGUUGACAUAACUACAUAUAAAAAUAUUAAUGAGACCAAAUCAGCAGAACCUGAAGAUCCAGAUGCAACUGAAUAUUCAAGCUCAUUUGCCGACACUCCUGAUGAUACCGAGAAGUGUUCUGGAAUAAGUGAAACUGAAGUAGAAUCACAAUUUUUUGAUGACAGUGAUUUGGCAUCCCCAUAUGAUGCAUUCAGUAGCAUUUUUCAAACAAGGAAGAAGAAGUUAACAAAUCAUUGGAGGAGCUUUAUACGUCCUCUGAUGUGGCGUUGCAAAUGGACAGAACUGAAAAUUAAGGAAAUUGAGUCUCAAGCAUUGAAAUAUGCCAAAGAACUUACAGCAAAUGAACAGAGAAAACAUUCACAAAUCUAUCAAUCUACACGUGAAGAUUCUUGUUCGAAGUCAUUACCAUUUUCAAAUCAAUGUUAUAGAAGAAGGGCCAUAAAGAGGAGGAAACGAAAGAGAAUAGAAGAUACAGCUGAUACAACAUCGUAUAUGUUACAUCAUAGCCUUUUUUCGUAUCUGGAAAGCAAGAGAUCCAAUCCAGAUGGAAGUUCAAUGAUCGAUGAUUUUGAAAAUACAGCAAUUACAGAACAUCAUGCUGAUUGCAAUGAUAAAUUUGGCAGUAAAAAUGAACAAUUAUCUUUUGAGCUUGAAGAUGGUGAUAAUUCCUUGGAGCCAAUCCUUUGGAAAAUUGAAAUAGUGCAAUCUCGGAUUCACAAGCUGAAGAAUCAACUUGAUGUGGUGAUGUCAAAAAAUGCCGCUAAGUUUUCUUCCUCUGAGAAUUUAAGCCUUCUUGCACCUUGUGAUGUGCAGACUAGUUCUGCUCGUAGUCCUACAUUCUCUGCUGGCAAUGGAGAAACAAUGUCGGUAGGAGCUAUGCAUAAUGCAAAUCAGCAUAUCUCAGGUUAUGAUAUUGGAGAUUUGGUUAUGCCUGAUAGUGCAAUAUCAAGUUAUGGAGAGGCUAUUCAUGUACCUGAUAUAAUUGAGAGCACAGUAGGAAUGUUGGCUGCUGCAGAUGUUACCUUCCACCAGCCACAAAUUGGAGAUUCAUGUGAAGAUAUAGUGGAUAAUGUGCUGAUACAUACUGAAGCAGCUGAGGGAGAGACACACCCUUUCAUAGGGACGAAUAAUCAACUCCUAGAGAAGCAUCACGAACCAGAUAAAGGGGAAGAAGGAGAAAGCACCAAUCCUUGUUCAAUUUCUACCACAGAACCAGAUCCAAUGGCAAAAACCAUUGUGUCACAGGGGCAAUCAACUCUGAAAUCAUGUUUAGCCUCAGAUUUCCAAUUUCCAAAGAACAAGAGAAAGCGAGGAGAGAGGAAAGCUGGUUCAGGUGGUUGGAGCAAGAAAUGUUCAGGGGAGCCUGAUAGCCAGUGAUUUGUGGGAAUUCUCUAUCAAAACGGCUUGAAAAGUUUAAAAUGCAUGGCUUUUCUAAUAAGCUGCAAGAAAUGAUAGUGGCCUUAUUCUUGAAGCUUUGUCCUAAUAAACAUCAUAUAAAACUUCAGCACCAGCUGAUGGUAGCACUUGCUGGUCAAGAGCAUGCCAUUUGCACCUGUGCCAGGCAUAAAGACUGGUUUUUGGAGACUAGAUUGUAUGAGCAGCAGUGGUUUGUGUAUUGAUUCUGCUAGUUUUUAUGCUAGGUUUAGUCUGAAAACACGAGUGUAUCACUAACAUCUGGCAAGUUGAGCCAAUUAUGAUCCAAUAUCAAGAACUAGUGUGCAUUUCUAUUUUCAUGAAGGCUGCUGGAUUUUGAUGACUGUUUGUGGCUGUGGAAACAAAUAAAGUCCUGUAUCUCCUGGCAGAGGCUUUGUUUAGGCCUUCAAACUGUUAAUUUUACCUAAGUAUUCUGUCUUCUUCUUUUUCCC